UGAUAACAGGUAACAUUGGAAAAGAGAAAGAAAGUAGAUAACCUUAUUUUUCUGAAUUUUCGUGAUUUGGUCUUUGGUCUUUUUUUGAAGUAGAAAAUGUUGACAAUAAAAUUAUUCAAUGAUUUUCUGAGAAAAUCUGCAAAUCUUAAACCACCCAAGAUCCUUGUUAGAAAUAUAGGAUUAAUUCCAAUUGUUGUGGAACAAACUGGACGUGGUGAACGGUCCUAUGAUAUUUAUUCUAGACUUCUUAAAGAACGAAUAAUAUGUCUGAUGGGACCAAUAAAUGAUUCUCUGAGUUCAGUAAUAGUUGCUCAGUUGUUGUUCCUGCAAUCAGAAUCAUCAAAUAAACCUAUUCAUCUCUAUAUCAACUCACCUGGAGGAAGUGUUACUGCUGGUUUAGGAAUAUAUGAUACUAUGCAAUAUAUACUGCCUCCAAUAGCAACAUGGUGUGUUGGACAAGCAUGUAGUAUGGCAUCACUUUUGUUAGCUGCUGGAUCCCCAGGGAUGAGGAAUUCAUUGCCAAAUGCUCGAAUAAUGAUUCAUCAACCUUCAGGGGGAGUCCAGGGCCAAGCUACUGACAUUCAGAUUCAAGCAGAGGAAAUAAUGAAAUUGAAGAGACAAAUUAAUCAACUGUAUGUUAAACAUACUGGACAGGAAUUGGCUAUGAUAGAAAAAAAUAUUGAGAGAGAUAAUUUCAUGAACCCUGAAGAAGCAAAACUGUUUGGAUUGAUUGAUAAGGUCCUCACAAAACCUUCAAAGGAAACCUUAGAAGCCAGUGUGGAAGAUGAGUCAUGAUAUCAUUUGUUUUUGUUACAGUAACAUUAUUUUCUCCAUACUUUUGAGGGAGAAUUGAAGAAAAUGUUUCUUCAUGAAGGAACUAUUUAUUUAAAUAAAUUUAAACUUUAGUAUCAGCUACCUCCUUAUUUAUUAUAGAUCAUUUCUUGGGUCCAUAAUUGGAAAUCACCAUGAAUCCACUAGCUAAAAAACAACCAAUUCCAAUCAGUGGACCACAUGAAUCCAUUUCUUAAAUUUCAAUUACAAAUUAUGAAUGUAUAUUUUGAGACAUUGUGUGUUUUGCAAAUUUCAGAAUUGUAUAAUGUAACCUACCUUACAAUUAUUCUAAAGUUGAUACUGAUGUAGAAGCAAGUAAUCAUUUUCAAUUCCAUUGCAGAAUGACCUAUAUUGAUAUUAUACAGAAUUAUUUCAUUACAUUUAGGGCUCAGACAUUCUUCAAAAUUUUUGUAGAGACAAUUCUGAGGUUUGAUGUAAGUUAUCAAUCUGAUGGUAGAGAUUAAACCAAAAUUAUUUAUUUUACACAUGGUGUUUUGUUCACUGACAAAGGAGGUGAUAGGUAAGAUGAUUUUGAACAUAUGCAACCACAUAUAGGUACUGUUAUUAAAGGUGUUUCAUUUUUUGCUGAUGAAAGAAGUUGGAUAUUACAAAAAUUAGUUUCUGUGAAUUCUACUGAAGCCACAUUUGAAUCCCAUGUACGUGUUUUGUGAAAUACAUUCAACAUUAUGGAAGAGAAAGAUAAAAUCUACAAAGCCCUGGAAG